AAAUCUAAAAUCAUUGUAUUGUAACUUGCAAGGAUUCUGAAACUUAGUCAUUAAGGAUAAAAAGUCUCAAAUUCCCAAUUUAUCCAAGAAUAUCCCUAAUGCUCUAUAAAUAGUACUUAGCAAUUGAAAGUGAUGCAGAAAGAUCAAAUACUUUCUUCAAUUCUAUUGCUUUCCUUGUUGAUUGCAGCUAUCGUAACGAUGGCAGAUUCACAGCCCUCCAUUGAAGCCAAAGUUCAUAUAGUAUACACUGAGAAACCUGAAGAUCUAGAAGCUGAGGACUAUCAUAUCAAAACCCUAGCUUCUGUUCUUGGCAGUGAGGAGGCUGCAAAAGAGGCGUUGAUAUACAGUUACAAGCAUGCAGCAAGUGGAUUCUCAGCAAAGCUGACUGCUGAGCAGGUUUCUGAGCUCUCAAAGCAACCUGGAGUGCUACAAAUUGUUCCAAGCCAAACAGUUCAGUUACACACCGACCGUGUGUGAAAUGCAACUCUUGUGACCUCUUCUCCAACAAGUUUGCAUCAUGUGUUUAGACUUCUUAUCUAUGCUUGUUUCUAUGGUGUUUUGAGCUAAAAAGUAAAUUACUUUGUACCAUGUGUGGGAAAGAGUAUCCCUAAUGUAAAUGUGCUACUUAAUGUCGUAAUACUUGUUUUAAUUAUAUGAAAAUAAAUGGUGCUGCCGUUUUCCUUA